GACAUCGCGGGUAGCAUCGCGGGCUUCCUGAGCUCCGUAAUCGACCAGGGCGGCAGCGACAACACGAAGCGCGCUAAUGGUGUACGCAACGUCGUCGACGGCAUGGCGAAAAAAUACGGGCCCAUCAACGUCGUCGCGUGCCACACGGACCACGAGGCGAAGUUCGACGGCGUGCAGGGCACGGACUGGGUGCACCAGCACUUCGAGAUCGACAUCCAGAUCGGUGGUACCGUUGGGUACGAGCUUUACCUCGGGAACACUGGUACUUUCAAGCGCAAUGGCGACGGUGGUGAUAUCAACUGGGGCUGGUGA